UCCCAAAAUCACACCUCUUAUUACGCUUCUCGUCUCUCCUUUUGAUCAGAAUUCCAUUUCUCUCUCAAUCUCUCAGAGAUCGGAGCCAGCCAUGUCCGACGAGGAGCACCACUUCGAAUCUAAGGCCGACGCCGGAGCCUCCAAGACCUAUCCUCAGCAGGCCGGCACCAUCCGAAAGAACGGUUACAUUGUCAUCAAAAACAGGCCCUGCAAGGUUGUGGAGGUUUCCACUUCCAAAACCGGCAAGCACGGACAUGCCAAGUGCCACUUUGUUGGUAUUGACAUCUUCACUGCCAAGAAGCUUGAGGAUAUUGUUCCCUCUUCCCACAAUUGUGAUGUUCCCCAUGUCAACCGUACCGACUACCAGCUGAUUGAUAUCUCUGAGGAUGGAUUUGUGAGUCUGCUGACUGAGAAUGGUAACACCAAGGAUGACCUGAGGCUUCCAACCGAUGACAAUCUGCUUACGCAGAUCAAGGAUGGCUUUGCUGAGGGGAAAGACCUGGUUGUGUCUGUGAUGUCUGCUAUGGGCGAGGAGCAGAUUUGUGCUCUCAAGGAUAUCGGUCCAAAGUAGUUGUCCUUUAUUCCUCCAGAAUGCUUUUAGACUUAAAAUUUGAAUUGGGACGGUUUAAUAGUAUCUUGAAGGGUCACCAUUCAGGAGCUAUUCUUGAUUGUAGUUGGCCCUGGAUUAUAUGUUGAUGUUGCCAUUAAUUAGCUUGUCAUCCAUACUUUUUUCUGUUUACUGUCUGGACCAUAUGCCCUAUUUCAUGGUGUUGGUAAGUCAUUUUAAGACUGUAUAGCGUCCUCUCUGGUUUGAAGUUA